UCUUUUUCCCACUUCCUGAGGUGGAAUUUUGGUCACCAAAGGGAGAGCGCUCUCACCCUGCCUUAGCGUCUGGUUGAGGAGGUUGUAUGCGUGUGUGUGUUUACAUUUCCUAAACUACCUCAGGUCUCCUUUACCCACUGGGUGUCCCGAUUCUGCUGAGUUGGGAUUAGACUUUGCUGUACGAGUGGAUAAAUCAGUGGAUGGCGGGCUUCUGAACCUUAGCACUAUUGACAUUGGGGCUGGAUAAUUCUGUGUUGUGGGGGCUGUCUUGUACAUUGUAGGAAUCUUAGCAGCAUCCCUCCCCUCUCCCCACUAGAUGCCAGUGGCACCCCCACAGUUAUGGCAACCAAAAAUAUCUCCAAGACAUUGCCAGAAGUCCCCCGGGUGGCAAAAUCACCCCAUAAGUUAGAAGCACCAACUUACGGAUGCUUCUGAGCCAGCGCUCUGCCAUAGUUAUCAUCCUCCUCCCAUCUGGUUUCUCCAUGUUGCCAGCCUUGCUCACAGCCUCCUCCCCUUGCCUGUGCUCUGCUAAGCUAGUUAGGUGGAAGGUUGCCAAGUGGAAGGUGGAGUCGGUGGGGAGUAGGGCAGGACUGGAGUCAGGUGUGGCACUGGGUAGUGGCUGAGCGCUGCAGCACAUAGAUGGGUGUGUUUUUUGGUGACAGCUAAUGAUCAGACUUAGAAACAAAUGUUCUUUGACACGAAAGUGCUGACAAUGACGUUGGUGGUCCUAGCAUACAAUACUAAUCAGCUUAAAGUCCAUGGCCCAAAAUGACUCUACCACUGAAGACUCUCUUCCGUAAAGAAGAGGACCAGACAGGAGGCUGGGAUGAGCAUGCCACUGCGUCAGAUCUCUGCCAUUCCAUCCCAGGAUGCCACCUCUGCUAGAAUCUACAGAAAUAAGACCAAAGAAAAGGAGAGGGAAGAGCAGAAUCCCAGAAACUUGCUUGGACAUCUCCUCAUUGUCUUCCUGUUGACGCUUGGCUUCUACUUUCCGGGGCGCGUUUGGUCUCUUUGGGCUCUGCAUCUCUGUUCUACCCCUAAGAAUGAGAAGACUUUGGGACAUUCCAUGAGUCAUUCAAGUAACAUUUCUAAGGCUGGAGGUCCUCCACUGGCGUCAGCUCCAGGGUCCACCUUCCCUCGCACUUCUGUCACGCCAUCCAGUCAGGACAUCUGCAGUUCCAGUGCAGUGUUUUCUGAGUGUUGUCACCACAGUCCCAUGCAGUCUGCUGUUGUCUUGAAAGCUCCUCAAUGCCAGAGUUCUCUGACACAAGGGCUCACUGUGACAGUUCUCUGUAAAGACACAUUGCAGGCAUCAAAGAGAAAUUCCUGUGGUUCAGAAUGGGUCCAGGUGUCAAAGCCUGCUAAAAAUACCAAAGCCAGAAGAACACUAAAGUUCUCAAAAUCUCUAAACGAUAUGGGCGAGAAGGCCCAGGAUACUUUGGGAAGUUUUGACUAUGUGGAAAGAACUUGCUCUGAAGGGAAACUGAUACUCCCCCAGGAUCUGUGUCUCAGAAUUAACAGGUUCCAUCCUAAAGAAAAAAGAACACUGAGUUGCAAACCUCUUGGCAAUUCCAAACAUUCUUGUGUUUCAUCCCUUUCUGCCAAUCAUUCAAUGGCCUCAGAGGUGGAAGCUGGUAAGGGGGGCAUGCACGUCCCGCUUUUGGAAGAGAAGGCAGAUGGCGAGGCCAUGUCCAGAAGCCGGCGACUGCUCCGGUACUUGUUCUCACUCUCGCACGGCUCGAGUGCCAGCAGCCUGCAGAGGUUCCACGAGCUGGAGAGUUGUGCCACCCACCUGCACACCACCAAGUCCUCCAGCGGGCUGGCAGGGAGCGUGGGCAUCUGCUCCGACGAAAUGGGAGAUGACGAUGUCUUUGAGGACAGCACAUCUGCAAAACUGAAGAGCAAGGUCCUGCGGGCACCCCUCUGCUCAGUGGAGAAGGACAGUGACCUGGAUUGCCCUUCUCCCCUCUCUGAAAAAUGCCCCCCCAUUUCUCCUGUGUCCGCGUCAGGGGAUGCCUGCAGGAUCUGUCACUGUGAAGGGGAUGACGAGAGCCCUUUGAUCACCCCCUGCCACUGCACGGGGAGCCUGCACUUCGUGCACCAGUCUUGCCUGCAGCAGUGGAUCAAGAGCUCCGACACGCGCUGCUGCGAGCUGUGCAAGUACGAGUUCAUCAUGGAGACCAAGCUGAAGCCCCUGAGGAAAUGGGAGAACUUGCAGAUGACGGGCAGCGAGCGCAGGAAGAUCAUGUGCUCAGUGAUAUUUCAUGUCAUCGCUAUCGUCUGUGUGGUCUGGUCUUUGUACGUGCUCAUUGACCGCACCGUUGAGGAGAUCAAGCAGGGACAUGCAACAGGAAUCCUAGAGUGGCCCUUUUGGACUAAAUUGGUAGUGGUGGCCAUCGGCUUCACUGGCGGACUUCUUUUUAUGUAUGUUCAGUGCAAAGUGUACGUGCAAUUAUGGAAGAGACUCAAGGCUUAUAACAGAGUAAUCUAUGUUCAAAACUGUCCAGACACAAGCAAAAAGAGUACUUUUGAAAAAUCUGCACUAACAGAGCCCAACUUUGAAAAUAAAGAUGGACGUAGAAUCUGUCAUUCCGACACAAGCUCUUCUUGCACAGAACCUGAAGACACUGGAGCGGAAAUCAUUCACAUCUGAUUGUGUGGGGGUGUAGUUUGCCUGGACAUCCACGAACAGCUGAAGGAAAUUGUUUACUGCCAACUGUUGUACCUUUUCUUCUGUCCUUUAAUAGCAUAGACCGGGCAGGUGACUAUUUUUAAUGGCUUCUCUUUUUCUAAACCCUCCUUAGUGAAUCUCCUGGAGAGUCCUCACGUCGGCUGUGCACAGCGAGGUUCCACUUCUGUAGCACGUCCAUGGGAAGGGAAGGUGGAGGACCCCGUGACGCUGUGCUGGGGAGCUGGCUGGGUUCUUGCCUGUGGUCUUGAGCAGCAUGAGAGAAUAAAAUGCCAAACCUGAGGGGAGAGCAGCAGCAGGUGGCACCCAGAGCCUGAGGCGCCGCCUCUGCCAGUUGGCAGAGGCCCCACCUUGGAGCGGAGUGUUUGGGAGCCUGGAGUCACGAUGAGGCGAUUUCCCUCCUCACUAAGGACUGCCCAGGGGAUGAGCUCUCUCUGCUGAGGCCAAUGCUACCACUGACAGGUCUCUGAGCGGACAGGGGCUGCGGUGCUCUGUGCAUGGUGGCAAGUGAUUCACUAAGCAAACAGCACUUUACAAAAAGAGAAUCUUUAUUUUGUGAUAUGUGUGUCCAGUGGGAUCCACACUUCAAAGAACGUCUCAUUUUCAAACCUUCCCUUCGUGACCCUGAUUAUCUCUUUUACAUUGUAAUAGAUCUAAAGCCUUUUUGCCUUACAUAGUCUGAGAAACGUGAGAAACGUGACAUCCACCCUGUGUCCAUAAAAGGGACUUGUCCAAAAGUGGGACAAACAGAUGUGAGGCUUUUUCAUAACAUUUCCUGGGAGUUAAUGGAUGCUAAAUGGCAAGUUAAGCAUAAUUCCUGUGGUUUCGAGCCUGUUUUAUGGGAAGUCUUUAUGUCAUAGGCCCACUCUCAAAGUUUCUUUUUUGUCAACACUGCAAAAGAAGGGUUUAUGAGAUCUAAAUGAAACGAGAGAAAAUGAGUAAUUAGAACAAAAUUGAAUAUUUAAGACCUGUUCCUUUACAGACCCGCCUCUCCAGUGUGCUGGCUUCACGCCGAGAGGGAGUGUGCACUGCGGGGCUCCUGGACGCCUGCACCUCGGCCAGCUUCUGCGCCUGGGAGAGCCUGUGCGUCACUGCCCAGGGCAGAGGCAGACAGGCUGGCUCAGGGACGAGGGCCCGGAGUGAGCAGCGAACUGCCAUGGGCCACUGUGUCACUGCCCCCAGCCACACCCCCACCCGUUUGUCGCCUUAACUGGAUUGAACAGAAAGGAUCCUUUAAAAGGGGCCCCUGGCCCUGCUCUCAGUCUGUUCUGUCGUCAGGGAUUAUCUCCUGUACCAUUUUUCAUAAAACAAACAAAACCAAAAUCACCACCAUCAAAUGGCCUUUGUCCCUUUAAAAAGUCUGCUUAAAAUUCUAUUUUUAAAAACCAGUUUCAUCGCGCCAGGCAAAUAAGAGUCUCCUGCAGGAGAACAGGCCCGAGGGCCUGCAGUGUGACAGGAGGACACCCUGAGCCUCCUCUCAGGCCGCUCGAGUCCUCAGAGCCGCCUCUGGGGAGUGAGGGCCCUGAGGGUCCUGCCCUCGGGCCUGGGCCUCAGGUGCUUCAUCCGCCCUGAGAAGAGGAGGAAGUGGACACAAGAUGGGUCCUUUGCCUUCCCCUGUGGAAGGCCUGUGGUUUGUUUUGAAAGCCAGGAGGAGGCUGCAGGUCCCCAAGCUCGCGGGGAGGGCAUGUGCUCACGGGCUUUGCCCAGCCAUCUCUUCCUGCCCAGGGUCUGGCUCAUCAGAAUCACUGUCCUGUCUAAGGAACUGCUCGGCUGUGACCUUCCUCCAGCCACAGCCGACCCCUGAAAAUAGGUCAGCCUGCCCUCUCUCUGUCUCUCAGCCACAUCCAGCCUGUGCCUGUGUUCUCUGUGCCCCAAAGUGCGAUUACCCACGCCCCUUCUCAGCCUGAGGACACCAGGCAGCUAGACUGUCCACUCAGGAGGGCCAAAUCAGAAAAGGGUUGUCCUUGCCAGCCACUAACAGCAGGUGAGCAGUCAAGUAAAGACUGGGAGAGAUUUUUAAGUGGUUCCUUUCCCCCAGUGGAACCCUUUACGCUGAACUUGAAAAGCACCGAGAGGUCCCGUAGAGAGGAAAGCGUGCUUAGGUAGGGGUGGCGCCUGGGCAGUCCCGGUGUGGCUGGCACGUCCUCUGGCAAAGGUGCCUUUCCCCAUGACUGUUGUGUUGCUCCCACGCCCGGCCAUAUUCUCCUGGGAAGCCCUCUCUGCCUGUCAGGAAGGCCUGACCCCAUCUCGUCACCUCCAGCCGAGCUCCUUAAAAGCCUUCUGCCUGUGGACAGUCUGUCCCGUGUCCUUCUUUCUUCUCCUAGAAUGGCACACAGCUGCCCCCUUGCCUUUCUCUUUUAUUGCAGGUUCUAGUUGAGCACAUCUGACCCCAUUCUUGGUCCCAGCUCCAACCUCUAUCCUCCAGGGACUGACAGUGAGGCAUGAAAGCCUAGCAGGGUCGUGCUGUGCUGCCAUCUAGUGGGAGCAGCAGGUCUGCCAGGUGUCCCUGUAGUCUGUCAGCUUGCCCUCCAGCUUCUUUUGGGGGUUGAUUAUUCCCCGGGUUUUCCUCAGUUUGCACCUGGCUCCAGCGGGAGGAUGGGCACUUGGCUGAGCCAUACGGGUACGCGGGAUGAGCUCAUCCGUCUCAGGGCCAGGAGCGCUGGUAGUUGUGGGCCAGGCAAGCGGGAGGGGGAAGCAGCCUCGGGUGUCACCAGCCAGCCCUCUCUGAUUUGGCCUUUACUCCCCCAAAAGUUACAGUACCAUUCAAGGGCUUCUGACUUUGGCUGCCAGCAGUAAUUUGUUUUUUUGUCCAAGUUUAAGAUUUUUCUGGAAACCAUAAAAGGCCUCUUCCUACUCCAGGCCUCUAAUGUCUCUUCCUUUUUUGCUUCAAUCUACUCUUUCCAAUCUUAUGGGUCUAGUUCCCAAACCUACCGCUGUGCCCUCCGUGGCUACGGACAUGCAGGCCCCAGGCGGUUGGGCCACUGCCAGAGCCUCAGGUAAUGCCGCAGGGUUGGAGCUGCUCCUGCGGCCUGGUGGGGCACAGGGUGGAGGAGGACGGGCCAGCAGGGCGAGGCCCGCAGUGCUGUGAAUUGGGCCUGUGCAAAUACACUUUGAAAUACUUUCCCUUUUGGAUCUGAUUUGAAAUAUGCAGCUUCUGUCUCCAGCCCAAGGAAAGACCGGAACAGAGGUAAAUAAAAGCAUUUAUCUUUGUUUGGGAAGGAAUUAAGUUGUGUGGCUCAUCACCUACUUAGAUGCAAUGUUUAUAGAAAGUUGAUUGUUAAUAAAAACCAAAUUUACACUGGCAUGUGUGGGGUAGUUUCUAAAAGGCACUUCACAUUUGAAGUUUUUCUUAACUUAGGAAGUUUCUAGUUACCUAAAUGUCUAGUUUUGUAUCCUUUUGUGUAUGCUCACUGUUUCUCAGUAUUACCACUUGAAUAAUUCUCUGUACAGGGGGGUCGUUUGCGCUAUACCUGGGGUGUCUACUUGCAGCAAUAAAGCAUUUCUUUAAAAAGGA